AUGGCGAGCAAAUCUGGAAGCAGUGGCCUUAGAGAACCGCCGAAUGAGCAAGCUGUUCUUAACAUCUAUGAAGCCAUGAGAUCAGAGCUAAGCCAAAUCUACUCCAACAUAACCGAACUCGAGAUGCAAGUGAGCGAACAUUCUCUGGUCAUCAACGCUAUUCAGCCUCUCGAUCAAUCAAGGAAAUGCUGUCGCAUGAUAGGAGGCGUUGUUGUCGAGAGAACCAUCAAAGAGGUACUCCCAGCUGUCCAACGCAACAAGGAAGGGCUUGAAGAGGUUGUGAAGAACCAAUACGAGAAACUGGAGAAGAAAAAGAAAGAUCUUACAGAGUUUGAAGCCAAGUAUAAGAUCAGGCUAAGGAAGCAGGACGAGUCCAAGGAAGAUAGUACCAAAAAGGAAGGUAAUGCUCAAGGUGUUCUUGUUGGAACUGCCAGUUCGAGCCAAUAA